CUGGUACAUCCGGGUGAGUGGCAGCCCGCUGGACGCCCGGCGGGCGCUUCUCUCCGAACCUAAACAAAAUGGAUGGUCGUUAUUCAGGUUCAUACGGAAAUUGGGAUGCUGAAUCAUCUGGUGCAGGCUAUGAUGACUAUAACUAUGACUAUGGACAAAGCUCUGGAUCAAACUAUGGCUAUGGUGGCAAAUCAUGGGACUCUCAGAGAGGGAAUGCCAGUCAAAAUUCUGAAUCCAUUGUUGCUAAAAUUAACCAACGGUUAGAUUUGCUUUCUCAUGACAGUGACGAGCAGGAAAGGUUUGCACCUUUUGAGUCUUAUGAAUCCAGGUCUUCACUGGAUGAUCGUGAUCUGUUCAGGUCGGGCUUCGGUUACACUGAAUAUGAACGUAGUCAUAAUGAUUCCUGUGGAGGUCGAUUUGGCCACUUUGACUACUCCACCAGGAGCCGCAGAGAUCAUUUCCGUUACAGAGGACGUGAUGGCUUUGGCAAGUUUCGGGGUCAGAACUGGUCUAGAGUGUGGGUUCCAAAUAACAGACCUUACCGGAAUGACUCUUUCUCAUCAUCAAGCUCUGAGCGACUGUCUGCAUACUGGAAUGAGAUGUCAUUUGGAAUGGGUGGCAGGGACUGUGCUGCCCCACCUUGGAACCUCCCUUCGCUCUUCUCUGGUUAUGGCACACAAGGAAUGGGAAACCAGUUUGGAGGUGUCGGACAGCAAAGGAGAGACUGGAAUCGAAUUAGAGGCAGGAGAGGUAGAGGUGGAGUAAUAGGUGGAAUGAAGAGGAAGCAAUCAACUGGAAGCAAUGAUGAACCAGACUUCAAAGUGUCAAGAACAGACCAGUCAGAUUAUUCAGACAGUGAAGAAGAAGACAAGGAGAAAGAUGAUGGAGGUGAUGUUGAAGAUGCUACUGCUGGUGAUGCGUGCGCUAGUAUUGAGGAUAAAGAUUCAAGUGAAAACCCUGAAAAGGAGAAAAAAGAAACUGCUGAGGGUGAAGAUAAUGAGUCCAAGAAAUCUGGUGACCUACGAGAGGAAACUGGCGACACUAAAAAGAAGCUAUAUUAUAAAGAGAAACCAAGGAAGAAACAGCGGGAUCGCGUUACAGAAAGGAUAAUGUACGUCUGUUCAGUUUGCAAGUUUCGCACCUUUGAUGAUGAAGAAAUUUUCCCCCACUUGGAAAGUAAAUUCCAUAAGGAGAACUUCAAAUUCAUUGGGACCAAGCUUCCUAAACAAACAGCUGAGUUUUUGCAUGAGUUUAUUCUGAAUAAGAAUAAAAAGACUCUAAAGUUCCGUGAUACAAUGGAAGAUAAAAAUGCAAUUAAAAAGAGGAUCCAGGAACAAAACCUGUUGUAUGGUAUUAGUAUUGACAAUUUCAUGAAGAAGGUGGAAGCUGUACACUGUAUGGCUUGUGAAAUGUUCGUUCCAAUGAAAUACAAUGCUAUCCAGCGACAUAUGAAGGCACCUGAUCACAACAGGAAUAGAAGAGUGAUGCUUGAGCACUCAAAGAGGAGUGGCCUUCAAGUAGCAAAGUGUAUACUGAAUAAUCGAAAUAUUGUGAGCAUGUUGGAAAAAUAUCUUCAGGGUGAGAAUCCAUUUACUGAAGAAGAUUCUAAAGAUGAAGCUGGCGUUGACAACCCUACGAAGGGUGAUGGACUAAAUGAAAACAUUAAAUGUGAAAAUGAAGGAGAUAAAGGUGAAAGAUCAGAAGCAGAGGGAAUGGGAGGUCGAGAGCCAGAGGCAAGUGAAGGUGGCAAUGAGAUAGUCAGUGCACCUAAGACAGUCAUAGAGCCGUCUGAGAGGGAGGUGGCUGCCCCUGAUGAAGAGCCUGAAUGCAAUUUGACAGCAGAUCAGGAUGCUGAAAAAUCCAUUCCAGCAGGUAAAGAUCCUGAACCACCUCUCCCAGCUGAAGGUGAAGACAAGAUCUUGGGAGUUGGUGCUGGACAAAAUCCUGAUGAAACUUCCCCAGAUGAAAAUUAUGAUGCAGAAGAGCCAGAAUAAUUGUUAUACAAAUAGAUAUUACUUCUUUGUUUCCUUUCUUCUGACAUUAAAUUUUUCUAACUAAAUUGGAUCUGAAUAAAAGAAAGUUGUCUUAGUUGACAAAGGUUCCUGUAUGGUUCUAGGAGAUCCUAAAUUUGGCUAUGACUCCCAAAUCUGGGACAGCCCUCUACUUCCUGGUUUUGUCUGACUAUUUUUAUGUGGAAUGCUGUUCUUCUGUGAAAGUGCUUUGUGAGUGCAUUUACCCUGUUACUUUUUAAAAAAAUCUUCCAGAGUAGGUGAUGUUGACUUCUGCACCACAUUCAAGGGUUGCACAGAACUUUAUGGAAAUGAUUUUCCUGGUUAGUUCAGAAGUGAGAUUAUAUGGACACUUGCAAGAACAUGGGGAUUUUUUUCCUACACAAUAUGGAAGCUCCCUGUGUUUAGUAGCAUGGUGUGACUCCUCAAAACUGUCUGCUUGUGUCUCAAUCUUUGGACUGAAGAUGUUGAAGGGGGCUUUAAUAAAGUAGGUUCCUUCAGGAAGAACUUGCUUGGCUAUGCUGAGUAUUCUUACAUUUCCUGUAAAGGUGAAUAGAAGUUGUAUUGUACAAUCAAACUUUUAACAUUUGUUAAUCCAGAAGUUUAAAUGAAACACAAUUUAUUGGAGAUAUGACAACAUAUGUUUUUAGUUGGGUUUUUUGAAUAAAAGUUGAGUUUUGGCAACGCUACCUGGGUAUUGAUCAAGUGUAACCUUUGUUUUGCUACUGGAAAAAGGAGGAGUUGCUUAACUUCUGGAAAUUGUAUACAAUAAAAUAAUAAAACCUUUUUAUAAAUGUUUGAUGAAUCACUAUU